AUGCGUUCGAGAAGCAAUUGCAUCACACACUGCAAUGACACCCUAAACCUUCUCGAAGGUGCUAGCAAACAGGUAUAAGAGGAUCUGCAAAGACAUUCAGCGAAAGCAAGCUUCCUUGAAGUGCCUAGCGAAGGAGAGCGAAGUGUCUCAUUUGAAAACGAUUUGUGUCGCAGAAUUUCUUCAGUUUUGCUUCGUUUUCUUGCAUAAAUUAUCUCAUUAUCGCUUAUAACUUGCUUCAAAGUUGCUUCCAAGACUUGAAAUUUUAAAUUUGAUCUUUUCAGACAAGUCCUCUUCUCCAAAGGAUCUCCUACGGAUUCAGCGAAAGCAAGCUUCCUAGAAGUGUUUGUGAAUUUCAAAUGAGUGGAAAUCUCCCAACUUCCAUGGAUGUUGAUGAAACCGAACAUUCUGAAAUCCGAAGGAUUCAAGAUCCUAAGACGACUCCUAAGGUUUCGAAGAUAGAAGAACUCGAUACUCAACGAGAAGAAUUUCGGAAAGAUUUGGAGAGUCUUAGUUUGGAACAGCUUCAACGAAAGGUUGGUUUUAUUUUUUCAAAGAAUUUGAAAUUCAAUGACUGAUUUCAGGCAGAAAUGUUGGAAGAUAAGGCAGCAAAAGCAACUGCAAAGGCUACAAUUGCAAGAGCUUACUAUGAGAAUGAGAAGAUAUUAAUUGGAAAGAGACAAAGAGCAUAUCAAGAAAGAAAAAAAGGUGAGAAUUUGAUGAAUUAUCUUUACAAAAUCAAAGAUUCUGAGACAGAGGAUCGAUAAAACAAUUUUCCUAAGAUGACUCCAAAGACGACUCCUUUUUUCAGAAGAAGGAUAUUGUGAAGACACAACGUACAAAGUUGAUGAAACUACAUCGAGCUGA